AUGGAUCCAAUCGGCAGGGGCACCGGAGCCUCGCCGUAUGGCACUCCUCAUGGCCCCGGAGCGCAUCCAGCCUUAUCGUCAUCAUGGCGAGUUGGCUCGCCUCUGGCGGAGCAGUCACUGGCUCGAGACAUCGCUGAGUGUUCAGAUGACGACUUUGAGGACAACGCCAUUGACGAUGCCUCGGUAUCUGACUUUGACGCGGGACCGACCAUGUACCGUCGACCAAGCGGCGUCGCCUUUGGAGGCUCGCGACCAAUUCUAAACCCGCAGGCAUUUGCCGAGCCAGGCCUGACGGCUCUGGAGCGAAAGCAGUCUCGCAACGCUGAGCGCAGUCUGCUGCGAGACAACCACGUUCUUCCACCAAAGCACUCGCACAAAUCGCAAGGCUUCUUUCCCAGGCUCUACCGCCGCCUUUUUAGCACCAAGGUACCGCAGGGCGAGGAUGAAGAGACGCCCGCUGUCACGGUCCAGCCGCCCGAUGAAACGGCACCUCUCCUGGGGGCCCAGAAUGGCGGCGCCCUGCCUGAACAUCUCAACGAAACAUGGGAGCAUGCCGUGGCCGAGCACCGGAUCAAGACGACUUGGCAGCGAGAGGCCAAGACGAUUGUGUCAUACUCGGGGCCGCUCAUUGUCACGUUUCUCCUGCAGUACUCUAUCAAUGUCACCAGCAUCUUUGCCGUUGGCCGCAUUGGCAAGAUGGAACUUGGUGCUGUCUCGUUGGCCAAUAUGUCUGCAGCCAUCAGCUGUCUGGCCCCGUUCCAGGGCCUCGCAACUAGUCUUGAUACGCUGUGUGCUCAAGCGUACGGGUCGGGGCAUAAGCAUCUUGUAGGUCUUCAGUUUCAGCGCAUGACGUGCUUCUUGUUCUGUCUGGCUGUCCCUGUCGCCGUGCUGUGGUACUUUUCUGAGGGCAUCAUCGCGCAAAUAGUUCCUGAGCCUGAGUCAGCUCGCCUUGCAGGACAAUACCUCAGGGUCAUGAUUUUCAGCAUCCCUGGCUUCAUCCUGUUUGAGGGCGGUAAGCGUUUUACCCAGGCUCAAGGCCUCUUCCGCGCGACGACGUACAUUCUCCUCAUCGUAGCGCCGUUCAACGUGUUCCUGAGCUGGCUGUUGGUGUGGAAGUUGGAAUGGGGCUUUGUUGGCGCUCCCACGGCCGUGGCCAUCAGCAACAACCUGCUCCCCAUCUUCCUGUUCCUGUAUGUCCGCUUCAUUGACGGCCGCCAGUGCUGGGGUGGCUUCAGCCGAAGGGCUCUGAGCAACUGGUGGGUCAUGAUUCGGCUUGCUCUGCCGGGUAUGAUCAUGGUUGAGGCCGAAUGGCUGGCUUUUGAGAUCCUCACGUUGUGCUCAAGUCGGUUCGGUCCCGAGUAUCUUGCCGCACAGAGCGUUCUGGCGACCAUCACAACGCUCUCGUAUGAGAUUCCAUUCCCUAUGUCGAUCGCUGCUUCGACCCGAAUCGCCAACUUGAUCGGAGCCGGGCUUGUCGAUCCUGCCAAGAUGACUGCUAAAGUGGCGUUUGCCGCUGCCUGCAUUAUCGGCAUGUUCAACUUGACCCUGUACACCAGCCUCCGAUACAAACUGCCCCUUCUGUUUACCAAAGACGAGGAUGUGGUGGAGCUCGUAGGAGCUGUGAUCCCGAUUGUGUCUGUGAUGCAGGUGUUUGAUGGCCUCGCAGCAGGAGCCCACGGACUGCUCCGAGGAAUCGGCAAGCAAUCGAUCGGAGGGCCAGCCAAUCUGAUUGCGUACUAUGUUCUCUCGUUGCCCUGCUCGCUGACUCUGGCUUUUGGUCUAGGCUGGAAGCUGGAUGGACUGUGGGCGGGUGUCACUGUUGGCACGUUCUCGGUCGCGGCGAUCGAGUACAUUUACCUGAUGAAGACCGAUUGGUACAAGGCGGCCGAAGAGGCAGCUCUUCGAAAUGCUGCUGGUUAA